ACUUGUUGGAGCGAAAGGGAGCUGCAGUGUUUGACAGGUUUUCUGGUUUGCUAGUUUUGAAGUGUGACCAGUUCCACAGAUCAAAACUUCUCUCUCUUGGUCUUGUUCACGGUGUGAAUGUGUUCAAGAUGGACUGUGAAUUGUUGGCAACAUGCAGUGCACUUGGAUACUUGGAGGGAGACACGUACCAUAAAGAAUCGGACUGUUUAGAGAGUGUGAAAGACCUUAUCCGGUACCUUCGCCACGAAGACGACUCUCGAGAUGUCCGGCAGCAGCUCGGUGCAGGACAGAUUUUACAACAUGAUCUUCUCCCACUCAUUAUCCAGCAUGGACAGGACAAGGCACUGUUUGAUGCCUGCAUUAGGCUUAUGGUCAACCUCACCCAGCCUGCAAUGCUGUGCUUUGGCAAAGUCCCUGACGACCCAGUGUUUAGACAUCACUUUCUGCAAGUCACAUCUCACCUACAAGCAUAUAAAGCGGCCUUUGCCAGUGAGAGGGUUUUCGGUGUUUUAAGUGAAACAUUGUACAACGUCUUACAACUAGAUUGGGAGCAAAGACAGGAAGAAGAUAAUCUACUCAUUGAGAGAAUUCUGCUGUUGGUCAGAAAUGUUCUUCAUGUUCCUGCAGACCCCUGUGAAGAAAUGAAAGUAGAUGAUGAUGCCAGCAUACAUGACAGAGUGCUUUGGGCCAUUCACAUGAGUGGUUUCGAUGACCUGAUCAAGUUCCUGGCCUCAGCUCAGAGCGAGCAGCAGUGGAGUUUGCAUGUGUUGGAAAUAAUCUCUCUCAUGUUCAGAGACCAGACCCCAGAAGCUCUGGUGAGUGCUGGACAAGCUCGCUCAGCAGAGGAAAAGCACAAAGACUCUCAAGAGCUGGAAGCUCUGCGGCAGAAGGAGCAGGCAGAGAGACGUUCUCGCACGUUCCAAAGAGGAACAAGACACUCCCGCUUUGGAGGGUCUUUUGUUGUUCAAGGCCUCAAGUCAAUUGCAGACAAGGACGUGAUUUAUCACAAGAACAUUCAUAAUUUCAAAAACUACUCCCAUGACGUGGGCAAAGCCGUACGCCGGGUUCCCAAAAGGAAUCGACGUAUGCAGGAGUGUAAUGAGAAACGUCGCUCCGCUUUGAAUGUUCGACUGUUCCUGCGAGAAUUUUGUGUGGACUUUUUGGAAAACUGCUAUAAUCGACUCAUGUAUCUUGUCAAGGAAAGUUUAAUUCGGGAGCAGAGUGAACAACACGAUGAGACCUACUACCUUUGGGCUCUCAGCUUCUUCAUGGCCUUCAACCGUGGGAACGGCUUCCGUGCCGACUUGGUCUCUGAAACCAUGUCCAUUCGCACGUUUCAUUUUAUUGAGCGCAACAUCACCAACUAUUAUGAGAUGAUACUCACUGAGCGCAAAGAGGCCACGUCCUGGUCCCGCAGGAUGCAUCUGGCUCUCAAAGCAUAUCAGGAGCUGCUGUUAACUGUGAACGAGAUGGAUCACUCCCAAGAUGAAAACAUCCGGCAGAGCUCUCGUGUGAUUAAAAGUAAUAUCUUCUACCUGAUGGAGUACAGAGAGAUAUUUGUGACCCUGCUUAGGAAGUAUGACGAAACCAAACAGCCUCAUUCUUACCUCAAAGACCUAGUCGAGUCCACUCAUCUCUUUUUGCGCAUGUUGGAACACUUCUGCAAGGGUCGCAGGAAUCUGAUUGUCCAGAAAAAGCGAGUGAAGAGGCGAAAGUCUCGGGCUGGUAAGAAACAGUCAGGGCCACUGUCAAGCCCCGAAGCUCUCGAGGAGAUUUGGAUGGCGGUGUCAGAGGAGCUGAAGAUGACAGGUUUUAAGCUCUCAGAGUCUUUAUUGGAAAGCAUUGUGCCGUUUGAUGCUGCUUCUGAAAUUCCUCUGGAGGAUCAGAGGACCGAGGCAAUGGUACGAAUGCAGGAUGUGCUGCUGACAAAACAAGGACCAGAAGCGCUGGCUCUUCUGCGAGCUGCCAGGGACGUUUGGCCGGAGGGUGACGUGUUUGGGUCCUCAGAUGUGGAACCAGAAGAAGAACUGGAACUCCUCAAACAGAUUCUGCAUGCAAAACUGCCGAGGUCAACUCAACCUGAACCUGAACAUGAUCAAGAGGAGGAAGAGGAUGAUGAUGCAGCCGCAGCGGCUUUGGAGGAAGAAGAAAUGGAGUCUGUCCAGGUUUCUGAAACAGAAUUCAACUUUCUCGACUUCAUUAAAAGGUUUGCCAACCCAGCAAUCGUUCGUCCAUACGUCCUGUUGCUGAAAACCUACUCCAAAAACACGCCUCACACAAACCACUGUGUCGCUCGAAUGCUGCACCGCAUGGCUGUGGACCUUAAAAUGGAUGCUCUACUUUACCAGCUGUCAGUUUUUCACCUCUUCAACAAGAUCUUAAACGAUGCUGCUGCCGCCGCCUAUAAGGAGUUGGUUACCUUCAUCAAGUUUGUUCUUGGUCGAUUCUUUAAGUUGGCGGCAACAAACAACAAAGCCUUUGUGGAACUGCUGUUCUGGAAAAAUGUGGGUGCCGUACGUGAGAUGACAGAAGGCUACUCCAAAGAUGGCGAGGGGAAGAAGCCAGCAUGGACGGAGGAGGAGGAAGAGGAGCUGCGCCAACUGUAUGAGGAGCAUCGGCACUCUGAUGUUCCAGACAUUGUGGAGACCCUGCUACCUUUACUCAGCAACAGCAACAGGAAUCGUCGCCAGGUGGUGGUCCAGCUGGUGCACAUGGGCUUGGUGGAAAGUUCUAAAGAGCUGAAGAAACAGAAGAAGGGAACACGGAUCGUUCUGUGGACAGAGGAGCAGGAAGAAGAGCUGCAAAUGCUCUUUGAAGAGUUUAAAGACUCUGAUGAUGUACUUGGUAAUAUUCUCAAGAAGAUCACAGCCAAGCGCUCCAGAGCUCGCGUGGUGGAUAAACUGCUGAGCAUGGGUUUGGUGUCGGAGAGACGAGAGCUGUAUAAGAAGAGGAGUCGCAGUGCUCCAGGGAAGAGCUCUGGAAGAGGAAUGACUGAAGAAGACUUCUUGGCUGGAUUAUCUCAAGAAUUCCCUGAUGGGCUUAAUGAGCGAGAGGAUGAUCACGACGGUGACGAUGACGAUGAUGGGUUAGAGGAGUCAGGAGUGAGUGAGGAGGAAGAAGAACAACAUGAGCAGGAGCGAGGUAGAUCUAUUAAAGGAGGGAGGAAGAGUCUUUCCUCCCCUGUGUCCACAGCCGAUGUGGGCACCAUGGUGUCGAGACUGCAGGAAGCAGGAAUGUCUGAUGCGCUGGACUGGCUGCAGCGCUGCUUGAAAAGAACCGCAGAUGACCGUGAUGCUGACGGCUUGUCCCAGCCGGUCCCACUUGCACCUUUCUCUCAGCCAUAUGAAGACGCCAUGGAACACAAGGGCUUCCAAAAACUGCUUCGUAAACUGGGAAUAAGGCCUCCUGCAAAUGAGCAGGAGUCAUUUUGGAGAAUCCCUGCGAAGCUGAGCUCGUCUCAGCUGCGAAGCUCUGCUGCCUCUCUCGAUCAAAGAGAAGCCCUACAUGAAAGUGGCCAUGUUCUGGAGGAGCACACUGAAGACCUGCAGCAGCAACAGGAAGAUGAGCAGGAAAAGAAAGAGAAGAAGAAAUCAAGUAAACAGAGAACAAAAGCCAUGAAAGAGUUGCUGUUGACACGCAAGAGGAAGCACCACACCUCGGAGGAUUCAGCUCCAAUUUCAGAUUCAAGUCACCCUGACAACGUGGCAGCAAAAAGGAUCAAUAAACAUAAAUCAAAACGAAGCAGAGUCUUGGAUGAUGAUGACGGUGUUGAAGAGGAAGUGGUGACAGAAGGAGACAAGGAGGAUAAAGAAAACAAUUCUGCAGCUGCGAUGGAGCUUGAUAGAGACGCAGACUCAGACAAGGAGGAUGUUUCUGCUCCACCGAAGCGCAGAAGGAAAGUGGCCAUCAUUGAUGAAGAGGAAGAAGAGGAUUAGAGGGCAUCCUUGUCUCAUGAGCUGUUUUCACUCCCUUACUUUGCCUGUUGAGGUCCCGGCCAGGAAGAACAAGCAAAGGACACUAAACCUCUGGAUGCUCAGUUGCUCAAAAACGCUGUUUGUGUUGUUUAAAUGGAAAAUAUUCUUCUGCGUUUAUCCUCAGGCCCAUCAGAUCUAUGGAUGUGGUCCGAUGCUGACAACCUCUUUUCGUACAUUGAUAAUCCGAUUGAAUUUAAUCCUCAAACAUAUGGUCUGUUUUAAUAAAUCUUGUUGAACGUUUCAUUGUUGGCUAAGUAGCUGGCGUUCAUUUUGGAAUAAAACUCGUGUUAAAGAAUGA